CACCACCACCACCACCACCCCACAUCCAGCAGCACAUCCUUUACGUGCCCUGAGUUGUCGACCGAAUAUAGCCGGUCACCAAUCCCACCAAUCAACCACCAAUACCAACACCAGCACAACCAAAAGCCACCACCACCACCCCGCUUGUGCCGUGUUGGGCUCAUGAAGAUCAUGGGAGAAACGAGUGUUCGCCAGACCCAUUCCAUGCGCCACCCCAUCCUGGAACGUCGCCCACGCCAUGCCAGCCACAGCCACCACGACCACGACCUUCAUGACCAUAACGACCACACCAACCACCACGACUGUUAUGACACCAAGGACAAUGUGCACCUCACCAAGCACCGCCGCUACCGCCGUCGCCGCAAGCGCCAUCUUGGCACAUGCAUUGUGGCCGCCCUGUACCUGAGCCUGCACACCACGGCAACCUUUUCACCCAACAGCAUCGCACACGCCUCCCUCCUGCCCACACCCGCAGACUUCCUGACCCGCUCACAGGCCCAGAGCACAGCCGACGCAGCAUCAACAGCAGCCACAGCCGUGUCAACCAACAGCGAGGAUGUGGCACCGACUGGCGCUGACGAUACGAAUGACAUCAACGGCGACAUUCCAUCGCCGUGGGGUGACCUGGCCAUGGGCACGUUUGCAUGCUGGUUCCCGACACCCUUCCAUGAGGAGAUUGCGUCAUCUGCGCGUGCAUCUGAGGCCCUCGUCCACGCCGUCCUCGCCGCCGCGUCCGUGUCUUCCUCUGUGCUCAAGGGCCACAGCGUCACCACAUAUGUCGGGGACAGGGACACUGCCGGCGUGAAGGUCGAGCUAUCCAUCAACGGCACCGCUGCACUCCAGCACCUGUUCGACAUGGCCGAGGACCCCGGCAUUGCCAUCCGUCUUGAUGGUGACGGGCUCGUUGUCGCGCGCCCGCUCAUUGCGCCCUCCGAUGGCGAUUGCGAGACGCGUGGUGACUGCUCGACCGUGUAUCCGCCGACCAAAGGUGCCGGCAAGCUGGACACCCCGCACCUGGUGAUUAUUGUGCUGGGCAGUGUGGUUGGCGGUGUUGCGCUGGUGACUGCGGUGCUGAUGAUGGGCGGCGUGUUCAGGUCGCACAGCAGCGGCGGUCGCAGCUUCUUCUUGUCGGCGACGCAAUCGUCGUCGUCGUCGUCGUCGCGUGGUCACAGUGGCGGGGUGAGCGUGCUGCAGUUGGGCGCGCAGGUGAGCAACGGCAGCGCGUCCAACCACCAAGAUCCGCACCAGCAGCACCGUGGCGAUGAUGGGUUUGGUGGCAACACCGCCAUGCUCCCCAUGCACACGCUGGACGACCUGGUGGGCAGCAACGCCAACCCGCCCUUUGGCGACGCAGCCACCAUGUAUGCGCCCCACGGCACGCACUACACCUCGCCCUCCAUGCAGUUCAACUCGCCGCCGCACAAUGACAUCAGCAACAGCCACUCGUCGAACGGCGACAGCAGCGGCGCGUCGCCCCGUUCAUCGUCAGAGGACCUCACCUCCCUCACCCGCAGCAACAGCAGCCACGGCCACGGCAGCCGCGCGUCUCUGGUGGUGCAGCCUGCGGUUGUUCCACUGCACGUGGGCGAGCAUGACGGCGUGGCGGAUAUGGGCAUGGAUCGCGUUGACAGCGGCGUUGCUCACGACCAGCACUAUCACCAGCAGCCGCAUGAGUACAGCCACCAGUCGCAUCAGCACCAAUAUCACGAGCACCAGCAGCACGAGCACCAGCAACAGCAGCAGCAGCAAGCACUUGCUGUUCCGCACCAUGCCGAGGUGUUGUCUCAGCAGCCACCGAUGAUGGACAUGCAGUUUGAUCUUGAGGACCCCCAUAUGGCGUCCAUCCCUCUGGACGUGAGCAACGACCUGUUUACAGAUAUGUUCAGCAUGCACUCGCCCGGCCUCGCUGCCGCCUUGGCAGAGGACGCCAACUCGCUCCCACCCAUGACGCAGCCGACGCACGCGCAUACACAGCCGCAGCACAGCACGCUGCAAAUGCAGCUGAGCAGCACGCACAACCCGCACGGCGCAGCCGUCGGCAUGCAGCAACAGCAGCACCACCAGCAGCAGAGGACGGGGCACGUUGUGCAGCAGCCGCGGUUGUGGGAGCGCCGCCGCCACCAUCGCCAAGGCGUCACCACGCAGCAGCAGCAGCAGCAGCAGCAGCAACGUGUUGAUGCGAUGCCAGACGCGCUUGAUCACCUCCUGCUUAACAUGCCAACGUCGACGGCACUUCCUCCCCCUCCUCACCCACAGCAGCAGCAACAGCAGCAGCAGCAGCAGCAGCAGCAGCAGCAAGGACUGCCUCAGCUUAAUGUUCGGAGCGGCAACGGCAGCAGCAGCAGCAACAACAGCACUGGUGCCAAGAACAACAAAGGCGGAAGCAAGAAGAAGGCCACGCAGCUGAAGAAGAAGGGUGGGGAGCAGGACAGCGGGGCAAACAUGCCAAACAAGGGUGCAAGCGCUGUUCGCAAGCCCACCAAGGGCACCACAAAGAGGGCCCGGCAGCAGGCGAGCCAGGAUAAGCCCAAGACGCGCGUGCGCGAUCGUCGCGAAUACAUGAAGUCGUACAGACGUCAGCGCCGUCAGCUGAUUGAUGAGCUGCAAGAGCGCGUGGCGCAGAAGGAGCAGGAGAAGCAGCAGUUGCAGACGCGCGUGGACGAGUUGGAGGACUUGGUGAGCCGCUUCAAGCAGAUGCUUCCACCACACAUGUUCACUGCCGUCGUCAACGCGACAAACAACAGCAACAGCAACAGGGGUGACGAGGGUGUGAUGAAUGUCACAACAUCGCAGUGCUGA